AUGUUUAGCAGCCGGAUUAAUAGAUGCUACUGUAAUAAGAUUAUGGGGUUAACCGGGGCCGGUGCUGUACCGUUGUUAACAGAAUUUCUAAAAUUUACCGCAAUGAACGCCAUUCCCAUCGAUAAACCUGAGACCAAGUAUUGCGGCGGUUAUGGUUACGGGGGUUAUCCAUACUAUCCAUACUACCCGUAUUUCCCGCAACAACCUGCCGGACCCGUUACCUGGCCCAUAAACAUAAUCGGAGCCAAUGGCACCGUAAUCACUAACGGUACAACCCCGACUAACGGUACCGCCCCGGUCGGGAGCUGUGUUAAGUGUCAAAGUUAA